UUCUAUUCUAAGAAUCAUAUGGAAUGCACGGUGUUUUGAUGUUUGAAUGAUAUAUACUGAAUAUAAUGGACUACACAGUGAUUACUCAGGAGUUAAUUAAAGGACAAUGUAGAUCUAGAGCUGAGUAUCUUGAAAACUUUGUUUCAACUUCAAAUACCGGCUAAAAUCUUGGAAGAAUUUUUGCACGUGGGUUUUUAAACUUCCAAAUGGCAACUGUACAUACGUGAUUUGAUCCUUUACUCUGAUGGAAAGACAAUGAGAUCCAGGAAGAAACCUGAUAAAGAGGUGGACGAGGAGUUAGUGACUCGGACGAGCUGGGUCAACGCCGAACUAGCCUACAAACACGUCAAAAAGGGAAAGGCAGAUGGAAGCGUCUGUGCGCUGUGGUUAAGAAUGCACAUACAGCGAUACAUGUUUAAAAUAGGCCGAUUCAUUCAGUUACAUUGUGGAAAAGUACUUUUUGUUGGGAUUUUACUUUUAUCUUUGUGCUGUAUCGGAUUAAAAACGACCACACUGCAGACCGACGUAGAGAAACUCUGGGUUGAAGAGGGUGGAAGGCUAGAGAAGGAAUUAGAAUACACGAGGACAACAGUCGGGGAGGGGCGAGGAACCACGAGUCAACUGGUAAUCCAAACCCCGAGGGGAGAUUCCAACAUCCUCACGGUGCCAUCCCUACAAUUCCACCUAGAGACUCUCCUGAAAGUCACCCAGAUAUCCGUAGAUAUGUUUGACGUGACAUGGAAGUUCCAUGAUCUCUGCUAUCUCCCUGAAUUUCCAAAGACAGAGGGGAGUGGAGUCUGGUUUGCCAAUAGAAUGGAAGAAAUAAUUCCCUGUAUGAUUAUUUCUCCUCUGGACUGUUUCUGGGAUGGUGCAAAAAUUCUGGGACCUGAUCACAAUGUCUACGUAGAUAUAGGUUUACCAAUCAAGUGGACAAAUUUGGAUCCCCUGGGUUUUAUAAAGAUGUACAGACAACAAGAUCCAUCCAACUCUUACUUGAGAGACCUGGAGGAAAUCAUGAAUAAAUCUGGUAUAACCCGAGGAUAUCUGGAUAAACCCUGUCUGGAUCCCUACGAAUCUGAGUGCCCAAGAUCUGCACCUAAUAAAGCCGCCAGAACGGUCCCGGAUAUUGGUGCUACUUUGACCGGGGGAUGUUCCGGGAUUUCUACUAAGUACAUGCAUUGGAGUGAAGACCUUAUAGUGGGAGGGGUGCGGAAAAAUAGAACUGGGCACAUAGUCCGAGGUGAAGCUUUGCAAUCCAUUAUUCAACUGAUGGCAGAGCAGGAGAUGUACCAGUAUUGGUCAGAACAUUGGAAGACACACAGUAUUGGUUGGUCACUGGAAAAAGCUAGAGCCAUAUUGCAGGCCUGGCAGCGGAAGUUCACCGAGGUCGUGAAUAACGCUCAAAACGGCACCAAAGGAGACGAAAUUUACGGAUUUUCUUCCGUAUCUCUUGCAGACAUUAUGAAAGAAUUUUCUAGUCUCAGUCCAACAAGAGUUGCUUUAGGAUACGUCCUAAUGGUAAUUUACGCGUGUAUCUCUCUGAUGAGGUGGAAUAACGGGGUCCAGUCACAGAGUGGGGUGGGCGUGGCAGGGGUCCUCCUUGUAGCUCUCUCCGUGGCAGCCGGACUUGGAGUCUGCGCAGUACUAGGAAUCAGUUUCAAUGCCGCUACUACACAAAUCAUUCCUUUCUUGGCACUGGGUUUGGGAGUGGAUGACAUCUUUUUAAUGGCACAUACCUAUGGAGAGAACUCGGCCAACAAACAUAUAGCAUUCAAUGACCAGACGGCCGAAUGUCUGAAGAGGACAGGUGUAUCAGUGUUCCUGACAUCAGUGACGAAUAUGCUAGCUUUCCUCUCCGCAUCCAUCAUUCCCAUCCCCGCACUCCGAGCUUUCUCAUUACAGGCAUCAAUUCUCAUCUUCUUCAAUUUGUUCAGUGUCCUAUUGAUAUAUCCAGCCAUAUGUAGCAUUGACUUGUACAGGAAAGAUGAUAGAAGAAUUGAUAUCUUCUGUUGCUUUCAAAGUUUUGCGGAUACCAAAGACACAGUAAUAGAACUUCAACCCAAGCAAAGUGAUCUGUACGACCUGAAGGAACCCAGUCCCCCUCCUAGCUACAAUGAUUCUCUUCCCCCAAGCUACAGUUCUGUGGUCAAACAUAACACGGUGGCGCGCUCAGCCGAGGAGGGUGGUUCCGCCGUGACCUCUUUGGCCAGACCCUCAAUAAUUGACCUUCCGCCAUCAGUGGGAAUUUUUUCGUGCCGUCCUCGCUCACUUUCGGCUGUUUGCCCUUCCACCACGUCAUCACGGCAGUGUUUGACGGCUCCAGAACAUAUAUCAUGUGCAGAGCGCUUUGCUAGAUUCCAAAGACAUUUACUUAAUUCAAGUUUGGACACUUUUGCUAGAAAUGUGUAUGGUCCUUUCAUUAAAAAGGCAUACGUAAAAGUAUUUUCCAUUCUUGGAUUUAUAAUUUUAUUGUGUGUGAGUGCAUAUGGAAUUGUGCAUGUGAAGAACGGUCUAGAUUUGACCGAAAUUGUGCCAAAACAUACUCCCGAGUAUAACUUCUUGACAGCUCAGUCGAAAUACUUCGGCUUCUUUAAUAUAUACCUUGUUACCAAAAGUGGGGUAGAUUACCCGAACAAUCAGAGACUACUGACGCAGUACCACCGUUCUUUUCAAACUGUGGAUAAAAUUAUAAAGAGAGAGGAUGGUUCCUUGCCGAACUUCUGGUUAGACCUCUUCAAACAGUGGUUACAAGACCUCCAAAGAUCUUUCGACACAGAAUAUGCGGAAGGCCGAGUAACACAACAGGACUGGAAGGCGAAUGCUUCAGACAGCGCUAUCCUCGCCUACAAAUUAUUAAUCCAAACAGGGGAUGUGGACAACCCCAUAGACAAAAGCAGAAUCCCUAAUACUAAGCUGGUGGAUUCGGAGGGAAUAAUUUCUCCAGAUGCGUUUUAUAAUUACCUGACUGCCUGGGUAUCAAACGACGCCAUGGCAUACGCUUCUUCACAGGCCAACUUUCAUCCAGAACCAAAAAUCUGGUUGCACGAUGCUCAAGAUCGUGAUUUUAAAGUGCCUAAAGCCCAGCCACUAACUUACACACAACUCGCCUUCUAUCUGAGUGACCAGACCACUACUGAUGUCGUACUGGACACCAUUAAGGCAAUUCGAGAUAUCUGUGACACCUACACAGACAGAGGACUUCCCAACUAUCCCAGUGGAACCCCGUUCACAUUCUGGGAACAGUAUAUCAACCUCCGCUUCUACCUCAGUUUGUCCCUGCUCUGUGUUCUAAUCGUCACCUUCGUGGUUCUCACCUUAGUGUUGUUAAAUCCAUGGCUGGCCAGUAUUGUGGUUGUGGUCCUAGGUCUGAUUGUGGUGGAGCUGUUCGGCUUUAUGGGAUUGUCGGACAUCCGCCUCAGUGCUGUUCCCGCCGUUAUUCUAAUCGUCAGUGUGGGGAUCGGAGUAGAAUUCACCGUCCACAUCUCUGUGGGAUUUUUGACAGCCAUUGGUUCCCGAAAUAAGCGUAUGACGAUGUCAUUGGAACAUAUGUUCGCACCUGUUGUUCACGGGGCGAUUUCGACUCUCCUGGGCAUCGUCAUGUUGGUGGGGGCUGAGUUUCAGUUUGUCGUGAAGUAUUUCUUUAAUGUGUUGGCGGCGCUGAUUGUUAUUGGCCUCAUCAAUGGAUUGCUUUUCCUUCCGAUCCUUCUGUCGCUCUUCGGUCCAAAGGCAGAGAUUAGGCCUAAGAAUGAUGAGGAUAGAAUCCCAACCCCUUCGCCAGAACCUUCCCCAAAACCUAAAAAGAAAUCGUCUUCCUCAUCUUCACGGUCCCGAGGACACGGUCGACCUUUCCGGAUCCCCUCGGAUAUAUCCCUAACCACCAUCACAGAGGAACCCACCCAAUACUCUUCACAUGAGAUUGUUGUAGAGCCGGAAGUGGUUGUGGAGACCACUACUGUGCCAACCAAACAGAGUGAUUCUGUCCCGAGCAGCGGCGAAAACAGCCGAUGUUCAACACCGCCCCCUACCGUAGUUACAACCACACCCCAAACUCAUCACGUGACCCGAGUCAAGGCCACAGCGACAGUUAAAGUAGAAGUCCACACACCAAUUCCAGGUUCAGUAGAGAGUGUGAAUCACGACCACGUAUACAAAAGCAAAAGACGGAAGAACAAAGAGACAGAGACUCCAGAAUCGGAUUCCAGUUCAAAGUCCUAGCAUGAGGCCAGUACCAUGUCUACAUUACAGUAUUUCCAGUCGUUAGCGACAACAGUAUUUCAUGUGGUGUUCUAUUUUUGGUUGUGAUGAAGUCACGUGACUCCAGUGUUGAACGGCGUUUAACGUCAAACGUAACGUGUGUUCAGGACGUUUUAUCUACAAUGUGCUACAAAGAACGUUCAAAUGUUAAGGAAUACAUGGUGUUUUUAUUGUCUAAGAAACUGCUCACUUACGGGUAUUUUUUCUUCUUGAACUUCAUGUUGACUAGGUUGAGUGGUAUGUGCGAUUGAGACCUCAUUAGUGUGCAGUGUGAGAGAGGAAUGACUGUAUUUAUUAGUGUUCAAACGUGAAAUGUGUGCACCUGUUGAGUGAUGUGUGUUCAACAUCCGGCCAAAAGACCCGGGGACUUCCGGUCACGUGUCGAACGUUGUUAACUGUUACAUAUCAGGCUGAAUGGUGAACAUAUCAUUGUUGAAGGUGUUUUAUUUGCAUUAGUGUAUACAGUUUGUGAUAUAGCUUGUUAAACCAAAGAAAUUUGUAUGUAAGUAUUACCUCGCCGUCAUCUUUGAUGGAGCGGCACUUCACAGAGCGUUCAAACAACGCGUCUGUCACUGCAUUAGAUUGUUGAAAUAUCUCAGGUUUAUUUAUAUAACAGAUAUGUGCGAGGACUUUUUUCUUAAAGCCAGUCAAAGUUAAAUUCAUUUCUGGUUUGCCAAUAUUUUAUAUAUAUUUUGUACAAUGUCAAAAGAUUGUUUUGCUGUUGUUUCCAUGACGAUAUCUUGCUAUGGAUUUGGUGAAAUCCUAAAUUAUCCAGCAUUAACUUUUUUUGUAAGGGGCGCCCACUCUGGUGGAGUAGGCGCUUCAUCCGCCCCGCCCCCUUGUUGUUGGCAUUUAGUUUGAAUAUGAGACAUACCUCAGUAGAGGGGUCGGGGUCGGGUCAUCACCUGUGAUAGGCCGAGUCACUCGGCAUUAUAGUCUGACUUAGGUCGACUUAUUCACAUUAAGUCAAUAAAAUUCAUGUCUUUCUUAA